AUGGAGUCGGUAAAACAAAGGAUUUUGACCCCAGGGAAAGAGGGACUAAAGAAUUUUGCUGGAAAAUCCCUCGGCCAGAUCUACAGGGUGCUGGAGAAGAAGCAGGAGACCGGGGAGACCAUCGAGCUGACGGAGGAUGGGAAGCCCCUGGAGGUGCCUGAGAAGAAGGCGCCGCUGUGCGACUGCAGGUGCUUCGGUCUGCCCCGUCGCUACAUCAUCGCCAUCAUGAGCGGCCUGGGCUUCUGCAUCUCCUUCGGCAUCCGCUGCAACCUGGGCGUGGCCAUCGUGGACAUGGUCAACAACAGCACCAUCCACCGCGGGGGCAAGGUCAUCAAGGAGAAAGCCAAAUUCAACUGGGACCCGGAAACUGUGGGGAUGAUCCACGGUUCUUUCUUUUGGGGCUACAUCAUCACCCAGAUUCCGGGCGGCUACAUCGCUUCUCGGCUGGCCGCCAACAGGGUUUUUGGAGCUGCCAUACUUCUUACCUCUACCCUGAAUAUGCUAAUCCCAUCAGCAGCCAGAGUGCAUUAUGGGUGUGUCAUCUUUGUUAGGAUACUGCAGGGACUUGUUGAGGGCGUCACCUACCCAGCAUGUCAUGGGAUAUGGAGCAAAUGGGCCCCUCCUCUAGAGAGGAGUAGACUGGCAACCACCUCCUUUUGUGGUUCCUAUGCUGGAGCUGUGAUUGCAAUGCCUUUAGCUGGCAUUCUUGUACAGUAUACUGGCUGGUCUUCAGUAUUCUAUGUCUAUGGAAGCUUUGGAAUGAUCUGGUACAUGUUUUGGCUUUUGGUGUCUUAUGAGAGUCCUGCAAAGCAUCCUACUAUUACAGAUGAAGAACGUAGGUACAUAGAAGAAAGCAUUGGAGAGAGUGCAAAUCUUUUAGGUGCAAUGGAAAAAUUCAGGACUCCAUGGAGGAAAUUUUUUACAUCUAUGCCAGUCUAUGCAAUAAUUGUUGCAAACUUCUGCAGAAGCUGGACUUUUUAUUUAUUGCUUAUUAGUCAGCCAGCAUAUUUUGAGGAAGUCUUUGGAUUUGAAAUCAGCAAGGUUGGCAUGCUAUCUGCUGUGCCACACUUAGUAAUGACAAUUAUUGUGCCUAUUGGAGGGCAGAUUGCAGAUUUUCUAAGAAGCAAGCAAAUUCUUUCAACUACUACAGUAAGAAAGAUCAUGAAUUGUGGUGGUUUUGGCAUGGAAGCAACGCUGCUUCUGGUUGUUGGUUAUUCUCAUACUAGAGGGGUAGCGAUCUCGUUCUUGGUACUUGCAGUGGGAUUCAGUGGAUUUGCUAUCUCUGGUUUCAAUGUUAACCACUUGGAUAUUGCUCCAAGAUAUGCCAGUAUCUUAAUGGGCAUUUCAAAUGGUGUUGGCACAUUGUCAGGAAUGGUUUGCCCUAUUAUUGUUGGUGCAAUGACAAAGAAUAAGUCACGUGAAGAGUGGCAGUAUGUCUUCCUGAUCGCUGCCCUAGUCCACUAUGGUGGAGUUAUAUUUUAUGCAAUAUUCGCCUCAGGAGAGAAGCAACCCUGGGCAGACCCCGAGGAAACAAGUGAAGAAAAAUGUGGAUUUAUCCACGAAGAUGAGCUCGAUGAAGAAACAGGGGACAUUACUCAAAAUUAUAUAAAUUAUGGUACCACCAAGUCUUACGGUGCCACAACACAAGCCAAUGGAGGUUGGCCUAAUGGUUGGGAAAAGAAAGAGGAAUUUGUACAAGAAGACGUACAAGACUCAUACACUUAUAAGGACCGAGGUAAUUAUUCAUAA